ACCGUAUGCGCCACGUAUAAAAGGAAGGAAUUGUACUGGCCUUUUUGAAUGACCUGAACGCGCAGCCGCUUACGGAUGCUAGUAGCACCAUGACGCCUUUCCUAACCCUUUUUGUGCUCUGCUUUGUCUUUGUCACAGAUGCGGCAUCGACAAAGACCGACGUUGCUGAAGCCCGCAGCUCGGACAGCGGGCGUACCUUCGGGGCCCUCUUGCCGCUGACAUUUACCCUGAUGCCCCUGCUCGCGCCGAUCAUCAGCAAGGGCGUGUUCAUGGUCCUGCUGUCGGGCGUCGCUUACCUCGCCCUGUUUGUCGGGUCGUUCUUCUUUCCCGCGCUCGGUGGCCUCAUAGGACUGGGACCCGCGGGCCUGCGUUCCUUCGGGGGCGAAUUCGACCCAAGCGAGAACAGUAUCGACCGUGUGACUCGCGUCGUCCGUCAGGCCAUUGAAACCACCGAGGAGACCAUUACAGGGGGGACGACUGAGUGCCGCCGACGGCUCGUAUGUGAACUGUCCAAGGCUGUCUCCGACGGUGUUCCCACCGUCGAAAUGUUUGACAGCUACUUCAGGAACCGAUCUGCGGGUGCUGAUUCUUUCGCCGAUGCCUGGGCAAGCGGCUGGCUCCAAAAAGACUGUGCCCACUUCUACAAGGACUGCGACCGCGCUUCAAUCGACAGCUUGUACGCCAUUAUUACAUUGUUGGGCGGCCCCGAUGGCUACUUCGGCUCCAUACUUAGCAGGUUCACCAACAGUACAGCGCCUCCAACCGAGGAGCCCACCACCGCCUCGUGGUUGGCCACAACGCUCGGGUCCGUGCGCAAGAGCACAACGUCGCCGCCGCCGCUUUAUCGGAGCACAGCGCAACCGUCGUGGACGACCGUCGUGCAGAGCCUCGUAACUCUUGCGGGAUCUGAAAAUUUCCAACGGUUUGUCUCGUCGCAAACGACGUCGGCUCCAGGAUCGACAAAGAGAUAGCCUGCUCACUUAAAAUGGCUGCCAUGUCCAUAGGUGCAAUCAACAAAUGCAAACUUACCCGGUGAAUGGAAACACUUCAAAGUGUACUCGGUGACUCAUCCAGUCUUUUUACCCAAUUUGUUACCAAUAAAGACCGCUUUUAUCUCCUGUGA